UGUGAGGAAAAAAAAAGCCGACGUGAUUGUGUUGUACUGUAGGUGGGGCGGGGGAGAUGGUUGCCUUGGUGAUUCUGCGGCUCAUUCAGGAGCUUUUAUGACGUCACCGUUACCCCUCUAAGCGGCGGCUGUGGCCAUUAUCAGCUGGCUAGCUCAGCUCACGUUUUCGACAAUGCCCCCCAUCGACGUCCCUUCAUCUGCACGAUAAAGGAGCCGUAGGAAUGACGUGGCCGUCGAGGAGGGGACCAUGGAGGCUCUAUCCCGGAGUCCCACCGGUGCAACCGAACGAGGCUGCAGUUAAAAUCAGCUAAAGCUAGCUGCUAACCGCUGGCUAGCUCCAGAUUUGAAUGUCAUGCACAAUCAAUUUAAAGUCUCCGAAAUCCCACAUUAAAAUACACGGAUUAAAGACAUGAAGUGAUGGGUUGGUGCCACUGAUGUCAGCUUCUGACUGCAGCAGAGAGCACUCACCAUGAGUGGAGAGCAUACAGACAUCCUGUCAACGGCAGAUGUGGUCAGGGACAGAUGGAGAGUGGUCAGAAAGAUUGGCGGAGGUGGCUUCGGGGAGGUCUACGAGGUCCUGGACCUACUGAGCCAGGCCACCGUUGCCAUGAAGGUGGAGUCUGCCACACACCCCAAACCGGUGCAGAGGACGGAGGCGGUCGUGUUGAGGAAGCUGCAGGGCAAAGAUAACGUGUGUCGCUUUGUCAGCGCUGGCCGAAACGAACGCUUCAACUAUGUGGUGAUGGAACUCCAGGGGAGGAACUUGGCCGAUCUGCGGAGAAGCAGGGCCCGCGGUACGUUCUCAGUCUCGACGACUCUGAGGCUCGGCAAGCAGAUUUUACAGGGCAUUGAAAGCAUCCAUUCCGUGGGCUUCCUGCACCGCGACAUUAAACCAGCUAACUUUGCAAUGGGAAGACUAGCAAGUACUUGCAGGUGCUGCUACAUGCUGGACUUUGGUUUGGCCCGACAGUACAUGACCUCCAACCAGGAACUCCGUCCUCCUCGGUCAGUGGCUGGCUUCAGAGGAACUGUGCGAUAUGCUUCAAUCAAUACUCAUAAAAAUAAGGAAAUUGGUCGUCAUGACGAUCUAUGGUCCCUCUUCUACAUGUUGGUUGAAUUCAUGUCCGGUCAACUCCCAUGGAGGAAAACUAAAGACAAGGAACAAGUCGGAAAUCUCAAAGAAGCAUACGACCACCGCCUCAUGCUUAAUCACUUACCAUCUGAGUUUAGCGCAUUCCUGGAUCACAUCCUCAGCCUGGACUACUAUACCAAACCCGACUAUGAGCUGCUGAUGUCACUGUUUGACAGCUCUAUGAAAAGCCACAAUGUGCUGCACAAUGAUCCCUACGACUGGGAGAAAUGCGACUCUGAGGACAUGCUGACCGCAGCUGCAGCGCCACCAACCGGCCAGGAGCUCACCCGCCUCACGCCAGCUCACUUGGGCAUGGCCAAUGCCUCAGUGCUGCCAGUGGAAUUGCAGAGGGAGAACACAGAGGAUGUCCUCAUGCUCGGAGAGCGCUUCAGCGACGCCGACAACUUUCCCCCUAACCCCCCUCCGUCCGUUCCCGCAAGAGCCAUAUGGGAGGAAAUGGACCGCAUUCAAACCCAGAAGCAUGUGGAGCCAGUGAUCAGGAAGGUCAGUUGUGCGCUGGAAGAGCAUCAGAACCAGGGCAACCAAAGCCCUGCUGGCUCCGCGCAGAGUUCUCCAAGGCGAGUACGAUCCGAGACUCUGUACUUGGAUCGAGCUGUGCCACUACUCCGGAAGAUGCGUCAGAGUCAGAGUUUGGCGUUUGAAAGGAGACUUGCACCUGAACCCAAGCCUACUCUUGAGCGCUUCCUUGAAUCCUGUCGGGUCAAAACGCCUCCUGUCCUUUCUCACAUCGGGGAGAAAGCCUUGUCCGACGAUCAUUCCGGCGCGGGUACAGCUGACCCGGAGGAAGGUGCGGUCAGCAGCGGUUUUGUUGCAGUCAAUAUCAGUCCUGUGGUCCAAGAGGGAGACUCCCAGGAGUGGGUGGUACUGGAGCUGGAGCAAGCUAUGAAGCCUUCAAGUGAAGCCCAGCGCGAGGACAAAACAGCCACGACGAACGCCGUCGACAACGAGAACCACCCGCCGCAGGAAGGCCCCUUUGUAGCAGCCAGUCCUGUUGUGUCACAGUGUUCUGUCGGGUCGUGGUUACUUGGCCACAGGAGGCUGCCAGGGAUGCUGGGGCAAAUGCCCUCGGUCGUCAUGGGACGACCCCACAUGGAUCAGUCUUCCAGCUGCACACCGCAGUCUCCUGUGCUCGAAAGAAGUGACACCAUACCUCUUGAAGCCCCGUCCAGCAAAUCCGAUGAACCCCCCGGACAAAUCCUAAAAGAUGGCAAGAAGACGGAUUUGGCCCCGUCGUCGAGCCCACUAAAAGGUUCAACCGCUCUCUUCACAAAAGACCCCGAGAGCGAUUCUGGUCUACCUGACUGCUCAUCGGAGCUGAACCAGCAGGCUCAAGCGAUCUGUUCGCUCCUCGCUUCUUUAAGGCCCAAAGACUCUCCCUGCUCGCCCAAACUGAGCCGCAUCCCAAUACGAGACCCUUGCACUCCCCCGGAUUCUCCGGGCAGGAACCUGCACCGGGACAGGAGAAACCGCUGGAGCAGCCCUGUCCCCGGCUCCCCGACCCACUCCCCUUCUCCGUCACUUUCCUGCGAAAACCUGCAGGUCACUCUACCGCGGGAACGCCUCUCCUCGGAGCGAGGCUCCAGAUCGGACUGCGGAGGGGAAGACCCUCUUUCUCUGUCCUCUUCGUCAGGCAGUAAAAGUAAGAUCCCACGACCCAUGAGCGCCACCUUUGUUCCCGAGCAGCUCAGCGGCAGACUCGUGCCUCACCCGCCUCCCGGGAAACCGUCUGCAGGCCCGUGUGCCGACCACAGGCGGCGGCGUUUGCGAGUGCGCGCCAGCAGCACCAGCGACGCGGAAUCCUUGUCCAGUGUGAACCAGUUGGCGCAGAACCGCAGCGGCCAGCUGGUCAGCCCGCCUACACCCCGCCCUUCCGGCUCCUCCGUCCUGCAGCGCUCGAUGAGUUGCUCGCCGUCCCGCCAGGAGCCCCGCGACAGCAAGGCACCGCCUGUGGGACGCAGCCGCUCGGGGUCAUCUGCGCCACCUCCUCCUCCCGCCCCACGACACGGCCCCUUGCAAGCCAAGUCAUCCGGGCAGACUCCGUUGGCCCCGCGCUCUAUAGGAAAAGGUUUGAUCAAGGAGAGCAAAGGCUCAAGGAAACUGAAACGGUGAUUAACAGAAAAGACCGAUCGGCAUGUGUAAAUACAGUAUGUGCUCAAGGGAAUGGGUACUGUAUGUAAUGUAAGAAAAAAAAAAAGGUGUGUAUCUAUUUAUUUGCUACAUUAGCUCAAAUUGAUCCAUGAACAAUACCUUGAAACGCAGGAGUGUAUCUGUGCAGACACUUCAGGGAUGUUUGAUGAAACCGGUUGCCACCGGGGUGCAAAAUUCAAACUGAGCGCUCACUUACCCUUUUCAUGGCAAAUGAUUGAAAUGAUCCUACACUCAUGUUUCACAUCGUCGGGAGAGUAGAUGCGAUCAUAAUUAGUUUGGGUGGACUUCCUGUUCAAUUUUGAACAUGGUUCCUUCAGACUUUCUCAUGUAUUCUUAUGGGACAAAUGACUCACUUUCAUAUCCAUCAGUGAAGCACGUUUACUUACUAAAUGAGAUUUGGGUAGGUUGUGUCGGGAAGCCCCCCCCCCCCCGCCCCAUUUAUUAUUUUUUAUUUAUUUAUUUUGACCAGGAUACCCUUGCGAGAUUUGGCAGUUUUGUUUGCAAUCUUUUAAAUUGCUACAUUGAACACCAUCUAAUUUUACAAAUCUGUCUCGGUUACCUUCAUCUGUAGAGCCAACCAAAUUGUCACCAGGUAUAAUUUUGCACACUGGUUCCAACCCUAAAGCCAGCAGCACGUCAGAGAGUUUUGUCCAUGUGUAGCCUUUUGAGGAAAUUCCCAUCAUGUGCAAGUACAUCCAUUCAGUAGAAGAUACAUCAAAAAUUUAUGUCUCUAAAGUGUAGUGCUAGGGGGGAAAAAAAAGUACUUGUGCGUUUGGCUUUGUAGUUUCCAGAGUAGCGUUCCUUAACAGGUAAAACAGCAAUGUUGUUUUUGUGUCACCAUAACCUUGUCAUGCAUUCUACAUCUGUAAGUCUAUUAUUCUUCUAAAUGUGCUUGAAUGUUUGAAAUGCCAUAUCUGCCCAUUAGAAAAACCAAAUGUUACCAGUUGCUACAAGGUCAGUAAACAUCCAGCUGCAAAGCCAGGGAAUGUGCCGUUCAGCCGGAAAACCUCCGCUUAAUAGUAACCACAAAUAGUUCUGCGUCAGCAUUUUAGAAUGUAUUUAUGAGCACACUCAUUCUUCAGUCUUGUAAAUGCACAUGAGUCAUUAUAGUUUUGUUUUUAUUCAUUUGUCAUCAGCAUAUAUAACUGUAUUUUUACCAAGCUGCAUUUGAUCAUGAAAAUACAUGUUCACAAGCCCAAAAAGUGUUAUUGACUGUCCAAGUCAGUUUGAAGUACCCAAAGUAAUUAUGAGUCAAUGAGUUUAAUAGAGGAAACAAGCACUUGAGAAUAAUGCCAAACAAAUUGGCAAUUUAUUUUUAAAUUUGUUCUGAUGCCAUUACACAUAGGCCAAAAUGGUUGGCAAAUGAGACCUUGCCCAUAAGUCAAUAUUUUAUUUCAAAUGAGACAUAGUACAUAAGUGAAUAUUUUUGUAAUUUCAUGUAAAUUUGUGAAUGUCUGAACAUUCAUUUACAGUGCAAUGGUCAAAAGACAUAGGCUGGUAUAUAGUUACAUACAGGAAUAUCCGUCCAUCUAUUAUCCGAGCCGCUUAUCCUCACAAGGGCUAUCCCGGCUGUCUUCGGACAAUAAGUGGGGUACAGCCUGAACUGGUUGGCAAUCGCACUCAAGUUAAAAAAUGUAUAAGAAACUGUUUAUUCAAAUGAACCUAACCUUGAAGUCAGCAGCAUAUUUGUUAAAUGUUUUAUGACCCUGUUCAUGCCAAUCCAGUCAGAGUCUUUUGUCAAUCUGCUGUAUCGAGAAUUGUAGUUGUAUUAUGAGGUCUAGAAGAGUGAGGCGGUCUGUCGGGGAUCCUCUGGCAACACACUGAUGGAGUCCUCCGCCUUUCCGCACAGCAUGCAAAGCAUUGUGUACUCCUGAAUGAUACAAUACGAAUGCACACAAAUGAGAGCGAGCAAAAACAAGCUCAGCAACUAACAAUUUACCUUGAAAGGAACGCAAAAAGUAACCCUACAAUAAAAUGCUACUAAGCAUGA